AUGUAUCGGAAGUUGUCUAAGUUAGAACACUCGGAAAUAAAACAACUUCUUACAGAAGCUAAUAUAGAUGUUGCAAAGCAUUACGCAACAAACAAAAAAGCACUCGCUGACUUCAUUAAAGACUAUAAUGGUGCAAUAAGUUACGAUAAAAUUCAUGAGUUCAUAAAGCCGCAACGCGGCGAGGACGAAGUCCAUGCAAUAGCAUUUCCUUUAAAUGACGUUGCUAUUGACUUAUAUCAUAGACGUUCAGUACCUCAUGAAGUAAGAAGAGAGAUGUUUGACAUAACAAAUGCGAACGUUGGUCAUACUCGUAAAGCUCUUUCGCAUGAUGUUCGUCAAGAGAUGUUUGACAUAACAAAUGCGAACGUUGGUCAUACUCGUAAAGCUCUUUCGCAUGAUGUUCGUCAAGAGAUGUUUGACAUAACAAAUGCAAACGUUGGUCAUACUCGUAAAGCUCUUUCGCAUGAUGUUCGUCAAGAGAUGUUUGACAUAACAAAUGCGAACGUUGGUGAAACAAGAAGAAGAGACGACACACUGAAACAACAGAGAAGAGAGAUGUUUAAGAGCGCUAUAGAACAAGUUCGCAAAGCUAACGAUGUCAUUCGUUCCAUUGACGACAAACCAAAAGAAGGUGAGAGAUGGUUAA